AUGGCUCCUAAGAAGAGGGUCGCUCAGCCCCAAGAGAAUGUCCAGCUUGGACCUCAAGUCCGCGAGGGCGAACUCGUUUUCGGUAUUGCCCGAAUCUUCGCUUCCUUCAACGACACCUUCGUCCAUGUCACCGAUCUCAGUGGUCGCGAAACCAUCGCUCGUGUCACCGGCGGCAUGAAGGUCAAGGCCGAUCGUGACGAGUCUUCUCCCUACGCUGCCAUGUUGGCUGCUCAGGAUGUCGCCAUCCGCUGCAAGGAGCUGGGUAUCACCGCUCUGCACGUCAAGAUCCGGGCUACUGGAGGUAACGGCACCAAGACCCCUGGCCCAGGUGCUCAAUCUGCCCUCCGAGCUCUUGCUCGCUCAGGCAUGAAGAUCGGCCGUAUCGAGGACGUCACCCCCACUCCCUCCGAUUCCACGCGCAGGAAGGGAGGUCGCCGUGGUCGUCGUCUCUAG